AAACUGUGCAAAUGGCAUUUGAGGUUUCAAACCUGCAGAUAAAUGAUACUGGCACAUACAAAUGCAUUGUGACAAGAUCCAUACCACCUCCUUCUGUGACUCUAAGAGAAGAAAGAACAUUUGUCCAAGUGAUCGCACAACCCACUGUGUCUGUGACACAUGUAAGAGCAAUGAGUGGAUUUCCCAUGAUGCUUUGUAUCUCUGAGGGGUUUUACCCUUCUGGUCUAGACCAGAUGUGGAUUAGAAACGGAGAAUUUCUGAACGGCUCUCUCACACACAGCAUUAACAAAACCAACCCAGACAGCUCAUUCACCGUCCAUUCAUACUUGAAUACAUCUGACUGUGUGAACUACUCGUGUUGGGUAAACCACUCGUCCCUGAGCCAACCAACAAUACACCACAUGAGUCCUAAUGAAUGUUACAGGAACAAAGAUGAGAAUGUAUGGAUAAUUGCGGUGACCUCAGCGAUGAUGAUUCUCACCAUACUGAUUCUCACAGUUGUGUGCGAGCGUUCCAGAAGAGCACACCACAAGUCUCCUGUAAGAAUGAAUGCUGCACCUGCUUCUGAUCUCCAUUCUCAGGUGGAGUAUGAAGUAUAUUCAAUGUUGGGUCACCAUCGUCCAGUCCCAUGCAGCCCAGUCAGUGUUCGCUCCUCUCCAAAUGAAGACAUUUUACUUUGAUAGAUUUCUUGAUCCACUUAUAUCUUGUUCACCAACCUGAUAACAACUUGUGUAUGUAAUAUGGAGUUAUAUAAUUUAUACAUGAUUAUUUAAUCAUGCAUAAACUUGGC